AUGGCAGAGGACAACGAUGUGUUACUAUCGGACCAGUCUCCGUUUGCACCGCUGCAAUUGACUUUCGAGGAGCAACAGCAUUGCCACGACCUCAGUCUGCAAUUGCUGGAGCGAACGCUACACAGCUACGACGAGCGGCUGGCUGGUAUCACGCCUCGUCAUCACUCGAAGCUUGAUAGCGCACGCUGGAAACUGCAGAAAACGCAGGAGAAUGCAUCGCUGUACUCUGAGCGUAUUCGUCACGUUCGAGCAGAUUUGCAUCUACCUGAGGACAGCUGGAGUGACCCUACGGUUCUUCUGAUGGUUGGGAAUAUUCCUGCACCGCUGGACGAGGUCAUGUUUGGCAUGUCCAUUCCUAGUUUUGAAGCGCUGAAAGUUCGAGUUUCGACACUUGGGAAUCAAGAAAUUGGCGGUGCGAUGCUUGCGAGACUCGUAGGUCCGACCGACGAGAAGCCGUUCCAGAGUUUAUCCAUAAUGUACAUGGUAAGCCAAUUACCGUGGCUAGUGAGUAAAGUGGUAAAGCCUCGAGACUUUGUGCUGCUCUCAGCAAGUGGAGUGGUAACUACAGCUGAUGGAGAACGUAUUGGAUACGAUUUAUUGCAGCCGGCACCGUUGUUGCAGUGUCCACCACUGCCGAAGCCAAUGAUUCGCGGGAAAUUUUUGUUUGGAGCUUUGUAUCGGCAAAAGGAAGACGGGAGUGUGGACGUGUACAUUCAACAGUACGUGGAGUCGCUAGGUAACCUCAUGAAAUCCUUCAUAAUUAGCUCAACGUGGCAGUCACUGCUGGGAUUCUACAGAUCACCUUUACUCGCUGAGCACAAGAAACUUCAGUGGUGUAUUACCAACAUGAAAAGUGCGCGACGACGGGAAAUUGCGAACGACUUCAAUGACCAACGUACUUGCGUGCUUUGCUUAGCGGCGGCUUGCUCGAGUUGCCGUGAAGAACGAGUUUUUAGGGAGUUGGCGUCGCACCCCAAGAAGAAAAAGCUUUUUAUCAAGAAGCGACAAGUUUUCGUGUGUCGACCGUGUCUGGAGCUUGUGCAAAGACACAAAGCAGCAGAUAUCGCGAGAUCUUAUUUCCAGGAACAACUAACACCAGCAGCUUCGGAUUCUAGUGGAGCUGGCACAUGGGGUCUGCUUUACAGCGAUUCAAUGCCUACGUGGUCGCCAACUCGAUCGCUGUCGAUGUCUAGUGAGUCAUUUGAGUCAUUUGAUUGGGAUAGAGAUCCUUAG